CACAAGAACGCCAUGAAGCGAGGAAUGUAGAAUUUUCCGAACAAAAAUCAAAACACAUCGAGGAAACCAAGCAAGCUAUUCAAAUAAAUGAAUCCUUAAGACAAGAACUAGAAAAAACUCUCGAAGAGAAAAAAAUAUUAGAAAACCAAAUUGAAAUGGCCGAAGUUGAAACUUCCAACUUGUUAAGAAAGGUCGAAGAUUUGGAAAAUUUGAAGUCUAACAUUAAUAACUUGGGAAAUUUGCAGUCUGGAAUUGCAGAAAAGGAUACUCAACAUUCUGAUAGAAGGACGGAUGAUGAGAAUACUACCGGAAAAGAAACUAGAAUCGAUAACGACCAAUUACAGUCCGAAAGGGACGUGCUGAAGACGGAAAAUGCCAAACUUUCAAGGGAUCUACAAAAGAUUAACGAUAGAAAUCAACGUUUAGAGAUUCAACUAAGUGAAAUGGUCGACAUUAUGGGAAAUAGAUCGAAUGAAUCGUACGCUUACCCUUCGGAAAUCCUACAAUCCUGUAAGCGAUCUUUGAAUUUAGGUUCGGAUGAUAAAAAUCUAUGGACGCAUUUGGAAAAUGAG